AGAGGCACGGGGUUCGAUACCCCGCAUCUCCAUUUUUGGCCGUUCGCUGAUUUUCUGUGUUGUGUUACACUUUUGCGACAUUGAACUCUCAAAAUCAGCUGGCCAAAAUUGCAGCUAACAACGAUGUUGAAGUCAAUUUUCCCGCGCAAUAUUUUUAUUUUUACGCCGUACCUUGUUCAUAUCCACUCCUAAUUUUUGUUUGCCUCACUCAGUAGAAACUAGGGUUUGCAUCGAAUCAGAGUAUGGAAGCUCACCAGAUCGCUCAGCUGCUGAGCCAAACCCUCAGCCCCGACGGCCACAUCGUACAUAGCGCCACCGACGCCCUCGACCGCCUCUCUCUCCUCCCCACUUUCCCUUUCUCUCUCCUCUCCAUUUCUACCGGAAGUGAUGAUCCAGGUCAGAGAAUUGCUGCUGCUACAUACCUAAAGAACUUCACCAGGCGAAACAUACCGUCUUCAAAAGUCAGCAAGGAGUUCAGAGAUGCACUUUUGCGUGCUUUGCUUCAAGUGGAUUCUGCAGUUCUGAAAGUUUUGGUUGAAGUGUUUCGGGUGAUUGUUGCUGCUGAGUUUGUGAAGGAGAAUUCAUGGCCUGAUCUUGUACCCGAACUGCGUGCAGUUGUUCAAAAUAGUGACAUGAUUAAUAGAAGUGGAAAUUGUGAAUGGAAGACCAUUAAUGCCUUAACGGUUCUUCAAUCACUGAUUAGACCAUUUCAGUAUUUCUUGAACCCGAAAGUUGCAAAGGAGCCCGUUCCCCCACAGCUGGAGCUUAUUGCACAAGAAAUUCUUGUACCUUUAUUUGAUGUGUUUCAUCAGUGUGUUCAAAAGGCUUUGACCUUCAGUGGUGAAGGAGAAGAGGAAAUUGAAAAGCUCCUCCUUAUUUUAUGCAAGUGUAUGUACUUUUCUGUGAGGUCACAUAUGCCAUCUGCUUUAGCUCCUCAUCUUUCUUCAUUUUGUCGGGACCUGUUUGGGAUUCUAGAUUCAUUAAGUUUUGAUGGUGCCAUUACUUUGGAAGAUGGACACUUGUUGAGGCUGAAGACUGGGAAGAGAAGUUUGCUCAUUUUUUGUGCUUUAGUCACCCGACAUAGAAAGUUAUCCGACAAGCUGAUGCCCAACAUUAUUAAUUGUGUCUCAAAGAUAGUCAAGCAUAGCACAAAUAUCAGCAAGAUGGAUUUUCUAUCUGAGAGAAUAGUGUCAUUAGCUUUUGAUGUAAUCUCACGUGUUCUAGAGACAGGCCCUGGAUGGAGGCUAGUUUCACCCCACUUUUCGUCUUUACUGAACUCUGCAAUCUUCCCAGCAUUAGUAAUGAAUGAGAAGGACACUACAGAGUGGGAAGAAGAUCCAGAGGAGUACAUGCGGAAAAAUCUGCCAUCAGAAAUUGAAGAAAUUUCUGGAUGGAAAGAGGAUCUGUUCACAGCAAGAAAAAGUGCAUUAAAUUUACUUGGUGUUAUAUCAAUGUCAAAGGGGCCUCCAGUGGUGGGUUCUGGUUACAAUUCUUCACUUUCAUCGAAGCGUAAAAAAGGUGACAAGACCAAAGGGAAGGAUCGCAGUUCGAUGGGGGAGCUGUUAGUGCUUCCAUUUUUGUCAAAGUUUCCUAUCCCUUCAGACAUUAAUGCAUGUGAAACUAGGAUUCUGAAUGAGUACUAUGGUGUUUUGAUGGCAUAUGGAAGCCUUCAAGAUUUUCUAAGCGAGCAAAGAGCUGAAUACACAGCAACUCUUGUUCGUAUGCGGGUCUUACCACUGUAUACGAUCUCCACAUGUUUACCAUAUUUGAUUGCCUCUGCGAACUGGGUGCUUGGGGAGCUUGCAUCCUGUCUUCCUGAAGAGAUGAGUGCUGAUAUCUAUUCUUCACUGGUGAAAGCAUUGAGUAUGCCAGAUAUGGGAGAUAUUUCUUGUUAUCCUGUUCGGGUGUCUGCUGCAGGUGCAAUUACCGAACUCGUCGAGAAUGACUACUUGCCACCUGAAUGGUUACCCCUUCUUCAAAUUGUGGUUAGUCGGAUUGCUGAUGAAGGUGAAGAGACCUCCAUUUUAUUUCAGCUUCUUGGUACUUUGGUUGAGGCUGGAAAUGAACAUGUUUCCCUUCAUAUCCCAUAUAUUAUUUCGUCUUUGGUUGGUACAAUCUCAAAGUGCAUUCCUCCUAAUCCAGAGCCAUGGCCUCAAAUGGUUGAACAGGGCUUUGCAGCAUUAGCAGUAAUGGCUCAAUGUUGGGAAGACUCUAUGCCUGAAGAAGAUGACCACAACGAAUCAAGUGAAGUGUGGGUGUCUGGUCGGGCUACCAUUGCUAGAGCUUUGUCUAAUCUUCUACAACAGGGUUGGCUUAGACCUGCACAGCAAAUGGAAAUAGAGGCUGCUCCUUUUUUGCCCCCUCCAUCGUGCAUAGAUGAUUCAUCCGCGUUGCUCAGAUUCAUCAUGCAAUCUGUUACUGAAGGAAAUGAGGUUUUAAAGCUUAAAGUUUCAGAAUUAUUACUGGUUUGGGCUGAUCUAAUUGCAAACUGGAAUGCUUGGGAAGAAACGGAGGAUUUAUCAAUCUUCAAUUGCAUUAAGGACAUUGUUAAUCUACACCAAAAAUUUAUGCUACAAAAUUUCAUGAUGGGGGAAAUGCCACCUCCCCCAGCUCCACCCGUGCCACAUCCAAUUAUAGAAGGGAUUGCCACUUUUGUUAGUGAGGCCUUUUCACAGUAUCCGUCUGCGACAUGGAGGGCUUCCUCAUGUGUACAUUUACUAUUACAUGUCCCAAGUUACACAUUUGAAGCAGAAGGUAUUAAGCAGUCAUUGGUGAUUGCUUUCAGUCAUUCUGCAUUUUCUCGUUUCAGAGAUAUUAGAAACAAGCCUAGUUCACUUUGGAAACCUUUGUUGCUUGCUGUGUCAUCUUGUUAUUUGUGUUAUCCUGAUGUUGUGGAGAAAAUUUUGGAGAAGGAUGAACAUGAAGGCUUUGCAGUCUGGGCAUCUGCUGUUGGUUUAAUCUCCUCCAGCACAUUUGAACAUGGUCUGUCAUCAGAGUCUGAGAUUAAGUUAAGCGUUAUGACAUUGGCAAAAGUGGUUGAGCGGCUGCUAACACUGGAAAAUCAGAAAGCUGGUUUGUUACAAAAAUGCUUUACUUCUCUGAUGGAGGCAUCUGUAAGCUUGAAAGAAGCUCAGGGAGAAGAGGACGAUGAUGAGGAGAGCAGAGAUGAUCAGGAUGCAGGUGAUGAAGACACUGAAGAUGACGACAAUGAUGAGGACUCAGAUGAUGAUGAACGUGAAGAAACUGAAGAAGAAUUCCUGGAUCGGUAUGCCAAAGCAGCUAUUGCCUUGGAAAAUGGGACUGUUGUGGAAGAGGGGGAUGUGGAAGAUCAGGAGCAAGAGCUUGAAUUGGGUGGUUUGGAAGAGGUUGAUCAGGAGAGUGUCGUACUAUCAUUGAUAAAGAGAUACCACCAAGUUCUCCUACAUGGACAAUCAUUGCCACCACAAGUCAUCUCCAGUUUCCUGAACACCUUCCCUGAAUGUAAUUUUUACUUCCAGCAACAUUGCUGAUUGGGGGUUCAUUGGGUGUGCUUCAUGUUCUGUAAACAUUUUUGUAUGGAAGUAUAAGAGUUCUUA